AUGUCGUUUCUAUAUCUCUUGCAAUCCGCCUGGUCAUUCAGCGACUUGUUUGACGCUCGAGACGCUACUAUCGACAGCGUGCACAAUGCUGUCUUCGCUCGCGGUAUAACCUGCCGCGAGAUCGUGUCUUCUUUCCUUGCGCGCAUCGAAGAGCUCAACCCAAUUAUCAAUGCCAUCAUCUCACUCAACCCCAACGCUCUUACCGACGCGGACGACCUGGACGACUGGGUCGCGUCCGGGAACCUGAACGCGACGGGCACGCCCCUCUUCUGCGUCCCCGUCCUCCUCAAGGACAAUUUCGAUGCAGCCGGGAUAAACACGACGGCCGGGUGCCUCGCGUUGGCGGGGAACCGGGCUCUCGCCGAUGCGCCCACCGUUGAGGUGCUGAAGGAGGCCGGGGCCGUCAUCCUCGGCAAGACUAACCUGCACGAAAUGGCCCUUGAGGGGUUGACCGCCUCGUCUUUUGGCGGGCAGACGGUCAAUCCAUACGAUCUGAUACGGACUCCCGGGGGUAGUAGUGGUGGCUCGGGUGCUGCGGUGGCCGCGGGGUUUGCCGUGCUUGCCACGGGGACUGAUACGGUUAAUUCCCUCCGCAAUCCGGCCAGUGCUAACGCGCUGUUCAGUAUCCGGCCUACUAGGGGACUGAUCUCGCGCCGGGGGGUUGUGCCGGUUGGUUCUACGCAGGAUGCUGUGGGUGUCAUGGCAAGGGAUGUAAGGGAUCUUGCUGUUGGGUUGUCGGUCAUGGCUAAUGUGCCGGGGGAUGAUGAUGUGCGGGAGAAUGUCAGGGCUGGUGGGGUUUUGGCUCACCCAGGGGCGGUACGGCACCGGGACUAUACCACGUUUUUGACGGGCGGCUGUAGCCUCAAGGGUGUGCGCUUCGGUCUGGUGAAGGGCUUCUUCAACCAUUCCUCCAAGGUCCCGCCCGAUAGUGAGACCACGCCGGUCAACGACAUCAUGUCCCGCAUGGUGUCCACACUCACCGCGGCCGGGGCCGUCGUGGUGAACAUCACCGAGCCGGUCUACGACGCGCUCGCCAUCGCAGCGACGCUCGACGUGCAAGCAUUUGAGUUCCGGGAGGCACUGAAUGCCUACCUAGCCGAACACAGAACCGACAAUGAGACUCAUGAGACGCCGGGGAGUUUUGAAACCCUCUAUUCCCGCCGCAACACCACUGAUUUCCUUGUCAUCCCGGCACAGUCCGAGUUCAUCCGUCGCGCAUGGCACUCCUCAACGUCCGACCCCGCCUACGCAACUCGCCUAUCCGGCAUCCGGAAUCUGACCCAAACCCUCGCGGCCACGUUCGCCACACACAACCUCGACGCGUUGAUCUACCCGCAGCAAAAGAACCUUGUGGUGAAGGUCGGCGCGCCCUCCCAGCACGGCCGCAACGGCAUUCUCGCCGCCCUGACGGGAUACCCUUCGCUGUGCAUGCCCGCAGGGUUUUCUCCGCCGUCGGCUGAUGCUCCUCGGGGUGUUCCCGUUGGCAUGGAGAUCCUCGGGCGGCCGUGGAGUGAAGGGUUGCUGCUGAGCAUUGCGAGCCGGAUUGCUGAGCUUGGUGUCAGGAGGAGGAGGAGGAUGCCCGCUUUUGCGGACAGGUUCGUCGAGCCCAAGUGCUACGACGCCGUGCCCGUUAUCACGCCCAACUCGGGUAAUUUGCCUGGGGAAUAUCCACUGGGUAUCUUCUGA